UUUAAAUUUAAAUUAAAUGGCCAUGAACUCUGACUUAAGAGGGGAGACUGACCUCUCUAGGAGAGGAGGCGACCCCGAUCUGGAUGCCAUGGAGGAUUAUUUCAUGAAAGAGACUGAUAAAGGCAAGAAAAUCGCUGAGAAACAUGGAACUCCUGGUAAGGACAACAAGAACGUGAGGGGGGUUAAAAACCUAUCUAAAGAGGAAAGAGCGGAAAGAUUCUAUAACUUACUUGAUGAGAACAUUAAGCUAAAAACCCACCAAGCCCUGCUUGAUGGAGAACUUGUCAAAACUGGCACUAGGCUCCAGAGAAUCAAGGAAAUGAUCGCAAGGGAAAGGAAGCUUAACGGAGGGAAUUUUGGAAUAGGCUUCGGGAAACAAAUAGAUGAAAUAAUUGAUACCAAUACAGAACUUAGUCUUGACAAUGAUAAAUUGAGGAGUAUUAUUAAAGGUCUCAAGGCUCGUAUGGCUGAAAUGAUCAGAAAUGGCUAUACGAAGCCAGGAAUGGGCAAUACUAGAGGAUAUGUCUCAGGAUCAAGUGCUUAUAGACCUCCUAAGCGUAAAGGUGCUUCAAAGGGUGGCAAGAGACCUGCAAGUUCGUUUAGAAAAUCAGCUAGGAGGCUCAAUGAUGAUAUUGGAAAUCCAAAUUUAGUUAAAGAUAAAGAUCUGGCUAUUACUAAACUCAAAGAGAGCUUAGAAACUCAAGCUUCUAUCACUGAGACCCUUCAAAAACAAGUUGAGAAACUAAGAAAUGAAAAACGUGAACUCAAAGAUCAAAUCCAUGAUUUGGCUGAAAAUGUUGAUGACAGAGACAAAGAGCUUCAUAGACUAAAGGGAGAUUUGAAUUAUAAACAAAAAGAUAGCUCCAAACUUGAAGAACUGAAAGCUGAUAACCAGGUGCUUAAGACUCAAGUGAUCACCCUCCAGAGCAACCAAGGAUCAGCUGAUGACCACAGGAAGCAUAUUCAGGAUCUUCAUAAUGAGAAAAAUGAAUUAGAAAGAAAGCUUACAUCUCUUCUUACUGAUCCGUUCUUUAGAAGAGAGGCUGGUAAUGAAUAUGGACAAAAAAUGCUCGAUCUUGAGACUGAGAAUGAUAAACUUCAAAAAGAACUAGAAUUCUAUAAAGAAAAAGAAAAUGAAAGAAAUGAAGAACUUGAUAAACUCAAAACUGACUAUAAUAAGAUGAGUGAUGAGCAACACCACUCCAAAGUCUCAGGGAUUGGCUAUCGCUUCGGCAAAGAUGGAACCCCAGUCGAUUUGGAAGACAUGAAAAAGGCUUUACUCACCAUGGAUCCUUCUGUAUUCAGAGCUACUAUGGAUCAAGUUAAUCAUGAUGGAACAGAACCUAUCUGGGCAAAGAUAGACUUCCUUGAACAAAUGGGAGUGGGCAUUGAUAUAAAUCCUGAUGAUCCAAAAUCCUUUGAAAAGACAGUGGAGUUAAUGAGGCAUGACAAGAGAGAACUUGCAGCUUCAUUAGAGAAAGCACAACAACUUCUACAGCUCCAAUAUGAUCUUGAAAGAGAGAACAAAGAGUAUUACAAGGCUGAAUUAGCUGAACAUAAUGCAAGGAUCAAAGAACUUACUUUGAGACUAGAGGAAUCCAGAAAGAUUGCAGAUCAAAGAAUGGAUGAAAUCAAUAAUUUGAAGAAAAUGACUUCUGAAAUGAGGAGCCAAUACCAAAAAGGAUAUGACCCUAAAGAAGAAGCUGAAGCUAAAGAUUAUAGUAAACUUGAUGCUGACACUGACUUCUCCCUCAUCACUGGCGAGACUGACAUCAAACCAGGAGAGAACAUGCUCGAUUUAGCACUGGAUAAGGCUGAGUACUACACUCAUUCUCUAAGCCAGGUUGUAGAAUCUGAUAUUCUCUCAGAGAAAGCAUUCCUCAGCUUUGCUACUGUGGAGUUCUAUGAUCAUGAUGUGAAAGCAACUGUACUGACUAAUGGUCUUGAGCCAGAGUACCUGACUCUGUUCUCAUUCAAGAACAAGGUUGACAAUUACUAUAUUGAAUUCUUACAACUUAAUAGAAUCAAAGUAGAGAUAUUUAAGAGUAAAGCUCAGAAGGUCGAAAAGAUCGGUUUUGCUAAUAUUGUCCUAAGAGAAUUGGUCGAAAGAGAUUAUGAUACACUACAAGGCAUGAAGACCCCAGUUGUGACAGGAAUCAUCCAUAUCAAUAGCUGAGUUGACCCUUCGAUAAAUAUUGGAGUUAUCAAGUAUAAGAUGAGGAUGAGACAACCUCUCAAUGAAGCCUUGAAAUGGUACAGAGAGAAAAAUAACCUUAACACAAUCCAAAGAUCAAAGAAGGUAACUCAGCAAUAUCUCUCUACUAAGGUAAUUUCUAUCAAUGUAGUUGGCUGUGAAGAUCUGGUUUCGAGAAACAAUAGAAACCAAAAGAGAAUGAAGCCUUUCUUCCACUAUAUUUUCUACAAAUUUGAUGAAGUAUUUUCAAAGAUUUAUGAAGGCCAGAACCCGGAGAUGAAUGAGAUCAAAACCUUCACAACAGAGGUCGAUAACAAAUUCAAGAAUUAUACUGAAGAGAAGAGAUUUGAGAUCCAUGUAUUUGAUGAUGCGAUCAAGCCUUCCGUCCAUGAUGAGGAAAACAGUAUCGACGAUAUGAUCGGAGUUGCUUACAUUCCUUUGUUCGAAGUAGCUCAAGGGAAUAACCUAUACGACAAGUUCGCUAUUAAGGACUACAAUGGCAAUGUGAACGGAAUGAUGGAGGUAAAAAUAACUCUACAUAACAGUCUGGAAGACAUCAACGCUCCAUUUGCCCAAAGCGUGCAGUACAAGAAUAACGAUUGGACUUCAGAAUUCUUAUUCAAAGUAUGCUUACGUUACGCUGCGAAGCCAAACAUGGACUUGAACAACUUAUAUGCAAUCUUUAGUAAAGGAGAGAACGAUAUCUCCAGAAGAAAUUUCCGUGACACAAUAGUGCCUAGGAAAUCAGGCGUCACAGAAAGUGAAAUAGAGUCUUUCAUCAAAGAAUGUGAGCCUUUCCAAAGAAGAGGAUAUAUGACUAAAGAGCAAUUCCUUCAGAUUAUGAAAGGUCCUUUCAGAAGAGCAACUAACGAAAAUAGAAUCAGACAAAAAGAACUCAGAGGCCGCAGAGACAGUGAAGACGAUAGCGAAGAUGACUUCAGAAGAGCCACUGAGAAGAGCAGGAGGGAAACCAAACCAGAGUCUCACAGAACCGGUAGGAGCCACAAGAGCGACAGAAGUCACAAGAGCAGCAGAAGAGAUAGAAGAGAUGAAAAGGAGGAAAAGAAAGACUCAAAGCCACAGCUAGAGCUUAAGGAAGAAGAGAUCGAGAAGAUCAAGAGGUAUAACCAAGAAGACCUUGAAAGAAUCAAGAAUAAGAUCAGAGACUUUGUUAUUAACGAAGAAGUUUCUCUUAAGGGAGUUUAUGAGUUUAUUGAUAAGGACGGAGACAACCGCCUAGAUCUCGCUGAAUUCACAACCAAGAUUAAGAACGUUAAGAUCGAUGUGACUGACAUAGAAGCUAAAGCAUUGUUCUAUUAUGUUGAUGCUAACGAAAGUGGAGAGAUUACUUAUAAGGAGUUCUCAACAGCCUUACAUGAUAUCCACAUGGAAUGUAUCUUCCAGAAAAUCAGGAAAAUAGUCAAGGGGAUUGGCAGUAACCUUGACAAGCUCUUUAGUGAAAUUGACUCUAAGGACAAGGGAUACUGGAAUAAAGAGGAUUAUAAGGAAUUCGUCGGUAUGUACUGUGACAGUCUGAAGAAAUAUGAGGUUGAUGACCUUCUUGCCCAUUUGGAUAGAAACGGAGAUAAUAGAAUUGACAAGGGUGAACUUGGCAGAGCUUUGGAUCUUAGCUAAAGACUGU